AUGGCGACGACCACCGCCGCGCCGGGUCUCGCCGUCGCAGCAACCGAUCCCAUCCGCUCCUUCCUCUUGACCGCUGCCGCCUCCGUCGACCUGGCUGCCGAUCUACGGGACCUCGCCUCCGACCUCAUCUCGGACCCCGCCGUCUCCUACCGCGCUCUGCGCACCAUCUGGUGCGCCAACCCGCCAGACACCCGCCCGCAGCUCCGCGACCUCCUCCAGGGCGCUGACUUCGUGCUGCGUAGCCCUAAGCCUCGUGAGAAGAGCGAUCAGCUCAAGGCUAGGCUGGAGAAGCUCCGGGAGAUACAGGAGAGGAAGGAGUACGCCGAGCUUGUCAGGGACGUCGUGCCGCCCAGCGAGGACGACUCUCCUGAGCCCUUCUCAUCCUACAAGGAUCAGAUAGGAUUCGGUCUGCAUGUCGUGGUUAUUAUGUUCACAGGUUAUUUGGUAGGAUUUGCUAUGUUCAAAGCUCUGUUCAACAAUAGUGCUGUACUGAACGCUGCUGGAGGUAUCUUAGGAUUAGUUGGUGGCAUGCUGGUGGAGACCGUUCUCUUCAUCAUCAGAUCAUCGAGUAAAGAGUUGGCCUCCUCCGUUCCAAGAUCAAAGAAAGCUCAGUAG